UUGUUUUUAGUUGAUAUAUUGUUUUAAGAAAAUGUGAAGAGGUGUUUUUGAUAAUUCUUCAUCAUCAGGAGGAUUAUCAAGGGCUCUAAAUAAAGAGCCUUUCAUAGUCUUUUGCAAUCUUCUUCUUCGUCUUCUUCUUGAACUUUAUUCGAAAAUGCCGAAGAAUAAAAAAACAGAAUGGCAAGUAGGAGAUCCCGCGAUAAGCGUAGUGAGCGAUCAAUUCUGUAAUCCAUACCCAAUGGAUCUUUUGGUGAAGAGAAAAGUUCAGAAUUUUUCUAAAGAUUAUUAUGAAGUGUUUGAUCCAAGUGGGAAUCUGCUCCUACAAAUUGAUGGACAAGCUUGGGGGUUUAACCGUAAAAGAGUUAUGCGUGAUCCAGCCGGUUUCACAAUCCUCUCAAUGCGUCAAAAGGGACUUGCGUUGAAGAACAAGUGGGAAGUGCAUGGAGGAGAGAGCAAAGAGAGAGAAGACUUGCUCUUCACGGUACAACAAUCUCAAGCGGUUUCACUGAAAACAUCCGUGGAUGUUUUCUUGCCGGAGAACAACAAUGUCAAGAAGACAAACACUUGUGAUUUUCAUGCUUCAGGAGGAUACUCCAAUAUCUCAUUCAAAGUUUUCAAAGCGGAUGCUCUCAUCGCCGGGGUAACACAUAAGUUUACAUGGGGAAGUUUCUGCAAAGGGAAAUAUAACUUUAAGGUGAGAGUAAAUCCAGAGGUUGAUUAUGCUUUUAUCAUUGCUUUGCUUGUCAUGGUCGAUGACAACGAGAAUUGGUGUUAGUAUAUUGUCUGUCCUCAAUCUCUUUGUUUAGUGGUUCCUUUCACAAUUUAUUGGUGUAUAUGUGUUCAUUUCUCAAGAUAUAUGUAUGUAAGAAUAUUUUUUCCAUGUAAUGUGCAAUCUUGCUGGCCCAAAUGUUUAUUUUUCAUAAAAGCGUGCAAUCAAAGAUAUAUAGAGCAAGAAAACAUGAAUCAAAACACUACAAAUUGUCGU